GGAUGAGAUUGUUGCAGGGCUUGAACAGGAGGCUUGCAAAGAUGUAGGAGGUGGCCACGAAAUGGAGAGGUUCUGUGCGGAGAAUUUGGGCUUCCAGUGCCUCCAAAGAUUCCUCCGCGACCAAUAACCUUAAUUAGUCUUCUCUCCCUUAGCUGAAGCUGACGGUAUGGCGCCAAAGUGUAAGUAAAUUAGGUAUCAACAACCGCUAUGGAAUCAAAAUGGAGGCACCAAAAACUGUACCCGAUUCUCGGUACGCUGGGCAUCUUCUCUCUUCUCUACCUCAAUUUCGAUUUCCACUUCCCGGUGGUGGUAUGGCGGCUGCCGGAGAUGGCAUUCGUGGGGGUCAACCGCACCAGAUUCGUGCUCCUCCAUGACGGGAGGCAGGACGACUUUUAUGUGAACGGCUGGAAUUCCUACUGGUUGAUGCAGGAGAGCGUGCGGGCCCCAUCCAGGCGCAGGGUUGCUCAGAUGCUCCAUCGAGGGGCUCAAAUGGGGCUCACCGUUUGCCGCACUUGGGCUUUCAGCGACGGUCCCUCUCCGAAUGCUCUUCAGCUCCGCCCUGCCGUCUUUGAUCCAACACUCUUCAAGGCGUUAGACUAUGUAUUAGUUGAAGCGAGAAAGCAGGGGAUAAGAGUAAUCCUGAGCCUUGUGAACAAUUUGGAUGCAUAUGGUGGGAAAGCGCAGUAUGUGCGUUGGGCAAGAGAAGCUGGAAUCAACGUCUCUUCUUCUACUGACUCAUUUUUCUCUCAUCCAAUUAUCAAAGGUUACUACAAGGCUUAUGUUAAGGCAAUUUUAUCUAGAAAGAAUUACUUCACUGGAGUCAAAUAUUCAGAUGAACCAUCCAUAUUUGCCUGGGAACUUAUCAACGAGCCUAGAUGUGAAUCCAUGUCCUGCACCUCUGAUCUUCAGGCUUGGAUUGCAGAGAUGGCUGCUUUUGUCAAAAGUUUGGACCAAAAACAUCUAGUAACCGUUGGACUUGAAGGGUUUUAUAGUCUGAACUCAAAUGAUAGCCACAGAGCAAAUCCAGGGAAGUGGGCAGCGAUGCUUGGAUCAGACUUUGUAAACAAUUCUGCCAUCAAAGACAUAGAUUUUGCCUCAGUCCAUGCAUACCCUCACAGCUGGAUCCCAGAGGCAGAUUUAGAAGCUAAAGUGAAGUACCUUUCAAGAUGGGUAGAUGCUCAUAUAAGUGAUGGUGAAAAUGUGUUGAAGAAGCCGGUUCUUUUCACAGAAGUGGGGGCGCCUUUGAGUAAUGAGACUGGAGGAGUACAUGACAGAGAAACCAUAUUGAAGACUGUCUACAACAAAAUCUACGAGUCUGCUGAGAAAAGAGAAGCAGGUGCUGGAGUUCUAAUUUGGCAGUUGUUGGUUCAAGGAGUUGAUGAAUACAGAGACAAAUUUUCCUUCAUAGCGUGGAAGUAUCCCUCAACCUAUAAACUGAUCUUGGAGCAAUCAUGCAGGCUGAAGAACGUGUCUUCGGAGGUCUAUACAAGGAACAAGAAAGAUCCAUGUUUCAGCCACAUGGGCAAAUAAAGUUACUGGACUUAGAUAAGCCAAUAUUUUCUCACUUCCAAAUUCAAUUGAUAGAAGUUUUCAGAAAACGUUGAGGCUAAUCUAUUUGGUGAAGAAGCACAGAGAUAAUGUGUAAAUUUAAAGGUCAGACAUUAAAUAGUUUGAUGGUUGAGAAACAAGAAUUUAUGUUAAUGCUGCUGCUGUAGGACAUAUAUACUUGUACAGAGUACAAUCUGUUUUCAUUCUUAUGCUAGAACUAAGCUUGUAAUUGUUCUUUAUUUUUUGUACAGACCAGGCAAGUUUUUGGUGAUUCA